AUGACGGACUACACUUCGGGCAUCAUGCCCCUGACCCAGGUCCAUCGCCCUCCUUUCACCGUCCAGGCUCCUGGCGUCGAAAAGGUCCCCGGCGAGACCAUCCCCCGCCGUCACCCGCGUGCAAAGAACGGCCUUCUCAACCGUCCGGCCAAGGACGUCCACACAGUCUUCGAUAUUGUUCGUCGCAGCGCCCGCGUCUACCCCAACAACAACGCUGUCGGCACCCGCAAGCUCGUCAAGCUUCACAAGGAAACCAAAAAGGUCAAGAAAAAUGUCGAUGGCGAGGUCCGCGAGGUCGACAAGGAGUGGCAGUUCUUUGAGCUCUCCCCAUUCUCCUUCAUGAACUACAAGCAGUACGAGGAGCUCGUCCUCGAGGUUGCCUCUGGCCUGCGUCACCACGGCCUCGGCUCAGAGGACAAGCUGCACCUCUUUGCUACCACCAGCGCCUGCUGGUCCUCCAUUGCCCAUGCUUGCGCUUCGCAGUCCAUCUCCAUCGUCACCGCCUACGACACCCUAGGCGAGAGCGGCGUUGCCCACUCGCUCCUCCAGACCGAUGCCAAGGCCAUGUUUGUCGACCCUCACCUGCUCAAGACUGCCUCCAAGCCCAUCAAGGACUCCAAGGUCAAGCUCGUCAUCAUCAACGAGGAGUCCAUCUUCGCCGAAGGCGGCGAGGUCGAGAAAUUCAGGUCCGACCACCCUGAGCUCACUGUCGUCACCUUCGAGGAGCUUCGCGAGGCCGGCAAGAACAACAUGGUCGAGCCCAACCCCGCGAAGGACAAGGACCUCUUCUGCAUCAUGUAUACCUCCGGAUCUACUGGCCUUCCCAAGGGUGCCUGCAUCACCCACGAGUCUCUCGUCUCUGGCAUCACUGGUCUCCUCACCUGCGUCGACGAAUGCGUUAGCGACAAAGAAGUUGUUCUCGCCUACCUCCCCCUCGCCCACAUCUUCGAAAUGGCCCUCGAGAACCUGCUCAUGUUCAUUGGUGGAACCGUUGGCUACGGCAACCCCCGCACACUCUCUGACACCUCUGUCAAGAACUGCGCUGGUGACAUGCGCGAGCUCAGACCUACCGUCAUGGUCGGUGUCCCCCAGGUUUGGGAGACUGUCAAGAAGGGCGUCAUGGCCAAGCUCGAGGGCGCCAGCUCUAUCCAGCAGAGCCUCUUCUGGGGUGCCUUCAACUACAAGACCUUCAUGACCAGAAAUAAGCUGCCAUUUGCUAGCAUCUUUGACAGCAUUGUCUUUUCCAAGGUUCGCACUCUCACUGGUGGCCGUCUCCGUUUCACCAUGAACGGUGCUAGCGGCAUCUCCGAGGGCACCAAGCACUUCCUUUCCCUCAUUCUCGGCCCUAUGCUUGUCGGCUACGGUCUCACCGAGACCUGUGCCAACGGCGCUCUCGGCUGCCCUCUCGAGUACUCGCCGUUUGCCAUCGGUCCCAUUCCCGCGUCCAUCGAGGUCAAGCUCGUUUCCAUCCCCGAAAUUGGCUACGACGCCGACGCCAAGGUUCCCCAGGGCGAGAUCUGGAUGCGUGGUCUCCCCGUUAUGAAGGAGUACUUCAACAACCCAGAGGAGACUGCUAAGGCCAUUACCGAAGACGGCUGGUUUAAGAGCGGUGAUAUUGGUGAGUUUGAUGAGAACGGCCAUCUCAAGGUCAUCGACCGUGUCAAGAACCUCGUCAAGAUGGCUGGUGGUGAAUACAUUGCCCUCGAGAAGGUCGAGUCCGUCUACCGCGGCACUCAGACCGUCGCCAACAUCAUGAUCCACGCCGACCCCGAGAAGACCCGCCCCAUUGCCGUUAUCAUGGCCAACGCCCCUGUCCUCGCCCAAAAGGCCAAGGACCUUGGCAUCGACGAGCACCACAUGCACAACGACCCCAAGAUCAACUCCCUUGUGCUCAAGGAUCUCCAGGCUACCGGUCGCCGCGGUGGUCUUAGCGGCAUGGAGAUUGUUGCUGGCGUUGUCAUUACCGAGGAAGAAUGGCUGCCCCCCACUGGUCUUGUCACUGCUACCCAGAAGCUCAACCGCAAGGCUAUCCGCGAGCGCUACGACAAGGAAAUUAUCGAGUGCCUCAAGAAGAUCUAA